CCCACGUUGACUCGUCGCGUCAACCACAUCGACCUGAUCACGGCGCGACCCGGACCCUCCUGCUAAUCAACGCCCGGCAUCGUCGUUCGCGAGCGCAGAUUUAUUUCACGGAAGUUGCAUGCAACAGACCGCCCGCGACAGGACCACCAGCACGCGCUCCACAGUCUGAAGUCGGGCCCGGGCCGCGAUGCCGACCCGCGUUCAGUCCUCUCCCGAUGAGGACGACGACUCCGCCACGUCGUCCUCGCCCUCACCCUCGCAAUCACCUGCUCGCCAGGGCCUGGCAGUCCGGCAGCGAUCCGAGGCGCGGUCCGUCUCCGGAAGCAAGCGAAAGCGCGGCAACAACACCAACGGAGCAGCAAACCACCGACAGAGAACGGCACCGCCAGACGAGAGCGAUGGCGAGGCCUCCGACGACGUCUACGACCCCGACCAGCCCGUCGAGGAGCGGCGCAGGGUACAAAAGGAGUACAGGGACAUGCUCCGCCAGAUAACCGAGCACGGCGAAGAAUUCCUCAGCAAGGACUCGAGGGGCCUGCACGACACCAUCCUCCAGGCCGACGCGCUGUCCAAGAAGCUGAAGCAGACGACCGAGGCUACCAUCGACUCGCGACUGCUCGUCACCACGACAGAUCUCUCGUACCGCAAGACGCUGCGCCUGACACAAGGCAGCCUUUCGCAAGGGCUCGACGUCGACGAGUUUGUCUCCAAGUGCAUCUCGUACAUGCGUCGUGGCGGUGGCAUAUCCGACGAUAAUGCGCCCGAGCUGUCUAGCACGCAGCGGCAUCGCCGGCGACGCGGAGGCUACGAGGACGAUGACGACGAUAUCGGCGACGAGGGCGACAUGAUGAACUGGCCUCACCUCGGCCGCUUCGCCUGCUUGCCGCACAUUCGACGGCCUGCGUUGCCCGGCUUCCUGCUCGGGCCCCUCUCCGUGGAGAAGAAGGCGCGCAAGAUCACCAAGAGAACUGCCCCAUUCCGGCCAAACAACCUGACGGAAACGCGGCCCGAGGUGCUCAACGUCGAUGAUCUCGCAAAGAAGGAGAACGACCUGACGGCCAUCUGCGGAAAGAUCCUGCAGCAGCUGCAGAAGAUCCAGGCCGACGCGCAGGAGACGGUCAUGGAACUACUAGACGACGAUAUGGAAGACGAGGAGAAGACGAGGAUCAUGCACGAGCAUGGCCUGCGAAGCACGGGUGGCAUCGACCUCUUGCGCUUCGUCGUCAACCCCAAGUCCUUUGCGCAAACCGUGGAAAACAUGUUUUACGUCAGCUUCCUCAUUCGCGAUGGGAGGGUCGAGAUUGCCUUUGACGAGUCUGAUCUACCAGCUCUCGCGCCCGUUGACAGGGAGGCAGACGACGAAGGGGCCGUGCGUCACGGUGCGGCCAAGCAGCAGGCGGUGCUGUCGAUGGACAUGAAGACGUGGCGAGAGAUUAUAGAAGUGUUCGAUUUGAAGGAACCUAUGAUUGAGCACCGGAGAGAAGCAGCGCAAGGUGGCCCCGGCGCACGGGGCUGGUACAGCUGAUUUGUGAAAGCAGUUGACGUCUUGGUCGAGUAAGCCGGGCCGCGACAGACACCUUUAGACUUUUGUACGACGAUUGAUACCAUGAUGAAUUACAGCCUGCUCUUCUUGAUGGGUUCCCGUUUUGGGCCGCGGCUUUGUCGGCCGUGCUACGUCCUGCGAAGUGUUCAGCCCCCGUUGUGCGUGACGCGAGCCACCAGGCGGCCUGGUACGCCGUCGACUUGAAAGAGACGCUUGCAAGAGAAGGGAACAGAGGCGGAACAGAGCUUCCUAGCUUCAACAAAGACCGGUCCCGCGACCAGGCCGGUGGUAUGAAUUCUACAAAUGAAGGGGGAUGGAGCCCUCCCCUCGACCGCUCUGGACUGACCCGGCGUUCUCCCCCUCAACAUUGGACAUUAAGCACCUUGGCCAAAGAAGUGGCCCGCAACAAGGCGGCGGCCGGACGCAAGGAUGGACCAGCCGUUGGCGGGGAUCGAGCGACUCCCCUUAGCCGGGCACCGGGUCAGAUGGCAGACCCUCGCGAUCUUCUCGACCACGGUGCCAAAGCCGCGCAGCCCAAGAAUCAACCAUCCUCGGGAAUACCAGUCAAGGGGCAGCAUGGAACACCCGCCGGCGGUGAUCGAGCGACUCCCUUUGGCCAGGCCUCGGGUCAAACGGUGGACUCGCGCGACCCUCUCAACCGCGGUGCUAAAGGCGCCCAGCCCACAAAUCAACCACCAGUAAAGGCACCUGUCAAGGGGCAGACCGCUCUGCACGACGACCUAAUCGACCAAACAGACUACCUCAACCCGAAGGAGCAGGAAAAAAUCAUCACGGAGUGCAACAGGCUCCUUCAAGGGCCCAUCAACGCCGACAAUGAGCACGUCAGCCGGGAAGCCCUCCUCAAGACCAUCGUCCCCAUGACCAAGAUCGUUCAGGCUCACUGCACCAUGGCGGGCGGCGACGGCGUAUCGAAGAUGCUUGCCUCGCAGCCCAAGUGCAGCAGCCGCGGCUGUCGCGAGACUCGAGACAUGCUCAAGAAGAUUGCGGGUCAGCAAGAAACGCUCGGCAAGAUGGUGGCGGUGAACCACGACGCUGCCGCCAAGCACCUGCGUGCGAGCGCGGACGGGCAGCUGAAGGGUCUGUCGCAGGAGAAGGCGAAGCUCGUCGAGGAGAACACCAAGCUCAAGGCGGAGCUCAAGAACAAGGACGACAGCCUACUGACCCUUCAGAAGCAGCUGGGCGCCAGCUCGAACGACAAGGGCGACAAGGAGGCACUGCAGAAGAAGGGAGGGCUCGGCAGCUCGUGGUUCGGAUUCGGAGGCCAGGCUACGCACAAGGCUGAUGGAGAAGCAGGGGCGCCGGACGAGAAGCGGCAGCAGCAGGGCAAGGACAAGGU